UAGACUUUUAGUCUAUGUACCGUAGAAUGUUGUUGGGAGAAAAGAAACUCUUAAUACAAGGUCGGUUUAACCACUUCAAGUUACAAUUGCUAAAGAUGAAGUUAGUACUUGUCUGCAUUUGGCUCAUUUCAGAAACAUAUGCUCUCCCAACCCAAACUUCCACUGUUGAUGAUAGCAAAAGGACCUGUUGUGCACCAGAACCACAGCUUGUGUUACAGGGCCAAGAUUCCAAGCAUGGUUUAAAAGUGUUUCUAUUUGAGUUUCAACCUGAAAAAGGACCAACACCAAAGGUUGAUGCAGAGAAUAAUGUGUAUAAAGCCACAUUUUAUGGAACAGAAAAACCUAAUUUGCAUCAUCAACCUUAUGACAUGGAAAGUUUCAAUGGCAAUGAUACAGUAAAUUUAGUGGAUACAGAAGUGGAGACUGCUACAACAUCUUCUGUAGAUUUUCUGAAUACUACUCAAGAAAACACUGAUACCACAAAAAAACACAUUGGUGAUCUGAAACCUAAAGACUAUUUUGGCAAGGGAGACUAUUCACAGAGUCACAGUGGAUUAACAUUUUCUGACAUAUUAAAGCAAUAUGGGUUACUUCCGGAAUCCAAUGCUAUUACUCCCACAAUAGAACCUUAUUACGGAGAUGAAAACAUAACUAACAGAAGGGAUGAGCUUGAAGAAUAUUACCCUACAGAAGGCAGUGCCUUCGCAGACACUCCAAAUUACAAUGAAUCCUAUGGAGUUACAGCAAUCCCACCUGUUACUGUAGAGAAAAGUACAGAUAAUCAGAAAGCCAGAGGAAGGAUAGACACCAUGACGAAAAAUACCAAGAAUAAGAAAAAAGAAUUGGACAGUGCUGAAAGCUCCAGCAUUGAAAAGACAAAAGUCUCCAGAAAAAAACAUGCUUCCGGACACAGAAAAAAAAAUGGUAAACACAGAGAUGUCAGCCAAUCAUCCAAUAGUCGUCAGACGUCAGAAAACACCAGUGAAAGUGACAGUGAAAGUGGCCAGCGAUUUGACUGACACUAAACACUAGAAGAGAAUCGAUAUCAAAACAGUAGUUAUCUGUGAGAUUGUUUAAUAAAAAUUGUUUUGUUGUAUCAUGCACAAUGUUCCUUUUUGCAUACAGCUGUUUAUUUUGCAUACAGUUAGCAUGCAAAUAUUCUGUGAAGCAGUAAAUUGGAAAUAUUGUACAAACUGAUCUUUUGUGAAUCAAUUAAGCUGAAUAAUGACCAUGAGCACAUAAAUGUACCUACAUACCCUG